CAUACUGGAUGCGUUUGUGAUGUCUCUUCACCAACAUCUACAUUUAAAGUGGUGUACAUAUAUAUGCAUUGGUUAUUGCUGCUCUUUGGUUGUUGCCACCAACAAUGUUGCUAUUGGAAAGCCCACCUACUACAGCACUGAUUACCAAGGUUAUUCCCAACCGUCUUAUGCUGUUGAUGGAAACACUGACAACAAUUGGAGUAGUAGAAGUUGUUUUGGGACAGCUCAUGAUGACUUGAACCCAUGGUGGAUAGUUGACCUACUCAGCACAUACACCAUCGGUAACAUCACUAUCUACAACAGAGGGGAUGCCUAUUCGGAGCGCCUCCAUGACGUCACGGUGGAGAUGUUCUCUGUCAAUCCGGCAAGAUGUCCAACAGCUGCUGCAACUCCAUGUAAACAUCUCCCCGGGCAACUGGCUAUGGUCUCCCAUAUAACCUGUGAUGAGGAAGUUGUUGGCAGGUUUGUCAAAAUCCGGAAGGAGACUGUUAAUCAGUAUGACACCAUGAUGUUUUGUGAAAUUGAGAUAAGUGGGAUUCCUCUUCAUCAAGAGUGUGGGCAGAAAGUUUUUCCUGCUGCCAAUGGACGCCGACUGCAUCAAACUACUGUUCUGGGAAAUAUAACUUCCCUAAAGUUCCGGUUAGAAUGCGCAAUUUCCUGUCAUCACUUUGUGGGGUGUGUUGGCUGCAACUUCCGGAAUGUCGACAACACCUGUGAGAUGAUUAUCUCGCCUGACAGGAAUGCAAGCGUUGUGUCGGAUUCUCAGUGGGACUAUCUCGGAUAUGACCUUUGCGAAUGAUCAAGACAUAUAAUCGUUUUGUAGAAUGUGGUGUAGGAGAAUAUUACGGUUGGUCAACUUCUUUAUCAUAAUUGUACAAAAACAUUGCAGUGGCCUGCUUGAUAAUGAUGUUCAAAUUUACUCCGAACCAUCACUACAGUUCUAAUACUGAAUGUUAUCCCCUUCCGUUCAAUUAACGUCAUGCAAUUAGAAUUAUCUUGGCUAAGCUUAUAUACUUACCAACUAAAACACGACUUAACACGAAUGUACCAGAUAUAGUCUUUUUCUGGAAAAAGGACCAGCUCCGUUCAUUCUUCAUACAUUGUUUACUCCCAAUAAUUGCACUCUACCAUAAUAAAGACUAUAUUUCAUGA